AUGGCCUCUCCAGGGACGAAUAGCCCCAUGCAGCAAACCACCGAAAACAGCGAUAUACUAGACCUCGCGCAUCUAACCUCCGAACAGCAGACCAAACGGGACAAAAAGAUCGCCUCCAUCUCGGACCUCCACUCGCAAACCGCUCAACUCGAAGCUCAAGUCGCAGAGAUCAAAGCGAAGUUGAAACAUGAUCCCUCAACUACAGUGAAACGCCAUAUCCGUCUGCUCCACGAGUACAAUGAGAUCAAGGACAUCGGACAGGGUCUGAUGGGUCUCAUAGCAGACGCGCGGGGGGUGCGACAGGUUGAUGUGCAGAGGGAGUUUGGGGUGGGGGAUCGAGAUUGA